AUGCCUGUAUUCCGGCAUUUCAGAUUGUGCUUUCUCCAUAUCAAUCACCUCAUCGAAAUCACUCAUAGCCAGCAACUUUUGAUGACGAUAGGUGGCUUCAAGGUGUUCAUCGGUGUUCAUUCGGUAUGUCAACCAUUAUGUUACUUUCGGAUGACUGAGUUUCGGCGGUUAGCAUGCUGCUUGCCCAGAAUGCCCUGGAAUCGUUCUCGAAGUUUCUCGCAACUCAACAGGUCAUACGCCAAUACACGAUCGGUGAUAAGAGAUGAGGAUUUGUUGGAGCCACCGGAGUCGCCACUCAACAGUGAACCGCUGCUGGUUAAGGAACGCAUUAGUCCGGCGCUCGAAAUAUCGCUGUCAGACGCGUGGCCACGCAAAAAGUCCACGUCGUUCCGAACUAUCAGCAAUGGUACGCAGGAGCAAAAAAAGGCCGUCGCAAAUAAUGUCCAGCUUGAAAUGGAUGCGAUAAGCUACGGUUCAAAGCUGUCAGAUCUCUGA